AUGAAUUUGCGAUCUUCAGAAGAGCUACAGGCUGUGAAGAUGCCAUUGGAGAAAACAUCAAGUCAUGAUGAAGGCCUGCCGACCCGGCAAUCUUUGAUUGAGGCUCUCCAGGCUCAGAAGCCAGAUCCAUGGUCGCCAAACCUGAGAAAGCUUUAUUGCUUUUGUGUUAUUGCUUUUCUUUGCUCGACUAUGAAUGGGUAUGAUGGAUCUAUAUUCGGGUCGUUGCCUGCCCUCGAUGCAUUUCGUGCCCAGUUUGGAGUCGAGAAAAACGGAUCCAAGAUAGGCUACAUUUCAGCUAUGUACACAGUUGGCGCCAUCUGCUCCUUACCAUUCAGCGGACCCGCUUGCGAUAUCCGAGGCCGCAAAUGGGGUACAUUCAUCGGCUGCGUGAUCGUUGUCGCCAGUACUUUCGUCUCCGCACUCUCACAUGGCGUCCCGCAGUUCGUUGCAGGCCGUUUCUUCCUCGGGUUCGGAGUCAACAUCAUUCGAUCCACUAGCUCUAUAUGGUGUGCGGAAGUCUGUCCGCCUGCAUACCGAGGAAUUAUCAUGGCAUUCUACAAUUGCACGUAUGCCGUUGGGUCGCUGAUCGCUGCGGGUGUCACGAGAGGAUCAGCCGGGUAUGCUGGCAACAAGGCUUGGCAGAUUCCACUGUGGUGUCAAAUGAUCUGUCCAGGAAUUGUACUCCUGACUGUACUCUUCUUCCCCGAGUCACCGCGUUGGCUCUUCUCGCAUAGCCAGGAAGAAAAAGCCUUGGAGUUCCUAGCGUACUACCACGGAGAAGGAAACCCAGAUCAUCCACUCGUCCAGCUCCAGCUGCAGGAAUACCGCGAAUUUAUCUCCCUUUCUGGCUCAGACAAGCGCUGGUGGGACUUUAGUGACUUCUACAAGACCAAGGCCGGAAGAUGGCGAUUUAUCAACGCUCUGAUUACCGGUAUCUGGGGCCAGUGCUCAGGUAACGCGGUCGUCACAUAUUACCUCCCAGCAAUGUUGCUCACUACCGGUAUUACCGCGUCUGAACAAGUGCUGAAUGUCAACCUCGGCUACACCGUUGUCUCGACGGUCGCUUCAUACAUAGGUGCUAGCCAGAUCGAGCGAAUGGGCCGUCGACCGACCAUUAUCUGGACGGCUGUGGCCUGUUCGAUAUGUUUUGCAUGUAUCACGAUCGGGUCUGGCAUCUACGCGAAUACGAAAGCGGAACCGGCUGCCUCAGCUGGUAUCGCGUUCAUCUUCGUCUUCGGCUUCUGCUAUAAUUUUGGAAUGACUCCGCUGCAGGCGCUGUAUCCGGUCGAGGCUCUUUCCUACGAGACUCGAGGCAAGGGAGUUGGUCUGACGUUCUCCAUUGCACAUGGGUUCACUCUUCUCAACCAGUUCUGUUUCCCAGUGGCUCUCAAGAAUAUUGGUUGGUAUACCUAUAUUGUGUUCAUUGUUUGGGAUUUGUUCGAAGCGAGCGUGAGUUAUUUCUUCUCAGUCGAGACUAAGAACCAUACACUGGAGGAGCUCUCUGAGAUCUUCGAAAGUCCCAACCCCGUCAAGGCUUCUUUGCAGAAGCCAUUGCCUGCAGACUCUGAGCGUUGA